AUGGCGUUUCCGUACAAGAAAGUCCUCUUGAUCGGGGCCACCAGCGGCAUUGGCCUUGAGGCGGCUAAUCAGCUCGUUGCCCAAGGUGUGAAUGUCAUUGCAGUCGGGCGGCGGCAGGAUCGACUGGACUCCUUUGUCGCCGCCAACGCGGACGCCCCCGGUAAGGCUUCGGGUGUGGCUCUUGAUAUCUCCGCGAUCGAGCAGAUCCCAGCCUUUGCUCAACGCAUCAUCGAUGCCCACCCGGACCUUGAUUGUGUGUUCCUGAACGCCGGCAUACAGUAUGUGAUGGACUUCAGCAAACCGUGGACAGUGGACCUGUCCAAGAUCCAACAGGAAAUCACGGUCAACUAUGUCAGCAUGGUCGCCCUGACCCAUGCCUUCGUUCCCUUCUUCCAGGACAAGGCUGCAAAGCAGGAGAAAGUGGCUUUCAUCUACACGACCACAAGCCUCAUGAGCCUUCCAUACCCGAUGGUGCUGAACUACUCGGCGUCCAAAGCAGCCUUGCACUCCUUCAUCCUCGGCAUCCGGGAGCAAUUCAAGCACGCUGGGCAGGACGUCGGCGUCCUCGAACUCGUGACACCUCUCGUGCAGACGGAGCUGCACAACGGCCAGCCCGGCUGGGGCCCGGACUUCAACCCGGGCAUGCCGGUGGACGUGUUUGUCAAGGCAGCCUUGGAUGGCUUCGUGGCCGGGGAGGAGACGGUGGCGGUUGGGCAAGCCAAGGCCGUGUAUGACGAAUUCGAGGCCGAGAAGGGUCGGCGCGUCGGACCCGUGUGGGCCGGCAUCCGCAAGGCCAUGGGGAAGGCCCACACGUUCGACUAG